AUGGCUGAGGGUAGGUUCUUCGGCGCCGAUCAAUUCAACCCACGACUCAUCACGACUCAGAUCGUUGUCAUGCAGAGCUCUUUCUGGUUUUGUCUUGGCGCAGCCGUGGCUUUGGCAGAUUGGCUGUUGAGUGAAGAACAGAGUGCAGCCCAGCUUUUUCAGCCCGAAGCGUACACUUGGACAACGAAAAGGGGAUGGAUUCUGGCCUUAGCGCUGCAGUUCACUUCUCUGGUAAUGGCUGUCGAACUGCGUUUCGUUGUGCAGCGUGCCAAGAAGUGCUUGGAUUUCGUGACAACAUACCACCUGUUUCACCUACUCGCGACGUUCCUAGCGGAAGGCUUUCCUGCAAACAUGGAAUGGUGGAUCAUCCAGCUGCCUGCCCUCAUUAUCGCGGUUCUGCUGGGGGAGUACUUGUGCAUGAAGGCCGAAACGCAGGACAUCAAGCUGUACAAGAAGCCGAAGGUGUCCAGACCCAGCUUUGACGAGAUCUAG